GCCGCUCGGCUCCCCUAUCCGGGAACGGGUGACGGGCGCUGGGGCGAGCGAGUGAUUCCGCUCGGGUGUUUGGUAUAUCCUCCCGGCCUUCUGGGGUUUAUAAGGGGAGAUAGACACACACUUAGCCAGCAAAAGGCCUCAGAAAAGUGUGAGCAGAGCAGCCAAGCGUUUGGAUUUUGCCCCUUUAUCUGGUCCGGUCAAGGCCAAGGGUCGAUCGCCAUGUCUGCCUUCGUGGGAAAAUACGCAGCACGGGAUUCAGGGACAAGCUCGUGCCAUGUUAUCAACCUUGUGCCGCUCACUCACGUACCAUGUCCAUAUAUGCACAGAUGAGCUGAUCAAGACGGCCAAGUACAUCGCCACUCCCGGUAAAGGCAUCCUGGCAGCCGACGAGUCCACAGGCACCAUCGGCAAGCGUCUCGCCAGCAUCAGCGUGGAGAACGUGGAGUCCAACCGCCAGGCGCUCCGUGAGCUCCUCUUCACGACGCCAGGCGCCGUCGAAUACCUCUCGGGCGUCAUCCUCUUCGAAGAAACGCUCUACCAGAAGUCCUCCGACGGCACCCCCUUCGUGGACAUCCUGAAGGCCGGCAACGUGGUUCCGGGGAUCAAGGUGGACAAGGGCACCGUGGAGAUCGCCGGCACCGACGGCGAGACCACCACGCAGGGGCUCGACUCCCUCGGCGCCCGCUGCGCCAAGUACUACGAGGCCGGCGCUCGCUUCGCCAAGUGGCGCGCCGUGCUCAAGAUCGGCGCUGCCGGGGAGCCGUCGGAGCUCGCCGUCAAGCAGAACGCUGAGGGGUUGGCGAGGUACGCGCUCAUUUGCCAGGAGAAUGGGCUUGUCCCCAUUGUGGAGCCGGAGAUUCUGACGGAUGGAGGGCAUGAUAUUAAGGUCUGUGCCGCGGCCACUGAGCGCGUGCUGGCUGCUGUUUAUAAGUCGCUUAAUGACCAUAAGGUCCUCCUUGAGGGCACCCUCCUUAAACCCAACAUGGUCACCCCCGGCUCCGACAGCCCCAAGGUUGGGGCGGAGGUGAUAGCGGAGUACACGGUGGCGGCGCUGAGGCGCACGGUGCCGCCGGCGGUGCCGGGGAUCGUGUUCCUGUCGGGCGGGCAGAGCGAGGAGGAGGCGACCAAGAACCUGGACGCCAUGAACAAGCUGGCGGUGGGGAAGCCAUGGACGCUCACCUUCUCCUUCGGCAGGGCGCUGCAGCAGAGCACGCUCAAGAAGUGGGGCGGCAAGAAGGAGAACGUCGCCGCCGCGCAGGCCACCUUCCUCGCCCGGUGCAAGGGCAACUCCGAGGCCACGCUCGGCAAGUACGCCGGCGCCGGAGCCGGAGGGGACGCCGCCGCGUCCGAGAGCUUGCACGUCGCCGGCUACAAGUACUAGUCACGCUGCGUGCGUCGAUGCGCACAAUGGUGGAGAAUAGUAAGACGGGUCGCGGCGCAAACCCGUGUGUGACGCUCGGCACGGCACACGGAUUGCGUCGAGAUUCGUGCAGAUAUAUGUGCUUCCUUUCAUUCUGCCGUGUACUUAAAUUUCUCUCUCUCCCCCUUCCCCUCCUGGGUCCAUUUUAACCAAAAAUACUAAUGAUAUAUAUACGUGGUCUCUGAAUGCAACACUGUUCUUAUAAAUUCGAGCUUGUUUCAUGUGAAA